AUGCUUAGUCGAAAGAGUUCUAACUGGCUGCUCAAUGUCCCAUCACAGUCCGAGGCUACCACUUCUGUGAAUUUGCAGUCUACAGAAGUUGGGUCUAUUACGCAUACAAGCAGCGAUGAUAAUAUUGCUACCCCUCAAGAUGGUAUUGACCAUAUUGACAACGAUCGAUCGAGCUCCAGGGCUGAAAAUAUAGACAUGACGGCCUCUAUGGUCUCUCAUUCUAGGUCUUUGGCUAGUUUGAGACCUGUUAUGAGCUCCAAUUUUCAGAAUGAAAGCGAUCACAUCGAUGAUUCUUUGGAAUUUGACCUGAUGCGGUCUUUAAAUGAGAGCAUAUAUUCAACCGAUGGAGCAAUAUCAAAACCAUUUAUGAUAAAUGAAAUGCCUCAAAUUUUUGACAAGAAUUCUAACGAGGAUAUUACGAAGAACUUUUUCAUCUUCACGUCCGCGGGAAAACCAGUAUACUCCAUGUAUGAAAAUGAUAAGUUCUCAGCAUCCUAUAUUGGCUUGCUAACAUCGAUUAUCUCAUUUUUUCAAACUUCAAAUGAGGACAAUAUCAAGACUUUCACAUCGAAGGAGUCUAAUAUUACAUUUGUGUUUUGCAAUAAGGAUCCCAUUUUUUAUGUAGCUAUGUCGCGAUGUAGGGAUGAGAGUCGAGAUGAAUUGGAAGCUCAAUUGCAUUUUUUACACUCUUUUGUUUUAUCCACAUUGACAAGUAAGCAAUUGACGAAGCUAUUUCAGAAAAGAGAUAAUUUUGAUUUAAGAAGUCAUUUGGAGAGUACCGAUUUCGAAACACUGUCAGAGAUAUGUUCAAAUUUUACUGAUAAAUUAUACCCAGAAUUUUCUCUCAACUCACUCCAAUGUUUGAAACUAAAGAAGCCCAUAAGAGCAAAGAUUCAUUCCAUCAUGUCUAGCCAGUUGAAUAAAAUGGAAGACUUUCCUAGAGGAACUUUAUUAUAUUCAUUCAUCAUUGCUUCUAAUAACAGACUCUGUAAUGUAUUGCGGCCUAAGUCUCACACAUUACAUCCAGUUGACCUUCAAAUAUUGUUUUUGGUAAUAGCAACCCAGUUUCAUAACUUGGAAUCAGAUAAAGAACUCUGGAUUCCAAUAUGUUUCCCCAAAUUUAAUUCCAACGGCUACCUAUACUGCUACAUCCGUACAAUAAUGAAUCCUGGUGAUAAAAGCAGUAGCAAAUUUUUGGGUCAUCCUCCAGUUUUAGUAGCAAUAAGUGGUCAAAAGGAUGCAUUCUUCAAAAUGAAAUCUUACUGUGAUGAGUUGAUGGUUAUACUUACUCGUAACAAUGAGAUAAUUAGGGAGUUGAGGACUUCCAUAUUGCAGCCAUACUCAAUUACAGAUAUUCCAGCACCAUUGGUACAUCAUUUCAUAUUCAAAUCUAGCAAGCACAUACAAUUUACUAUGCCACAAUUAUCUACCAGCGCAAGUGAACCUGAGCAGAGGGCAUUAUAUGAAAGAAAACUCAAGUUUUAUUACAAAUCUCUACAGAACUCGAUAGCCCAGGAAAUUGCAUCACAAUCUAAUAAAUCAUUAGUUAAUUUUGUACAAUGGAGUGAACCUGCGAAAUCUAACAGCGAGGAAACCACAGACCAUGAUUCCUUUAUUGAAGAGCCAGUGAAUAUGUUAGGGAUGGUGUGGUGUUCUCCUAGAUUUGAGCUCUUGUUACUAUUUAAUAAUGGUAUAGUGACGAGGAAACAAGCAUUAAGUAGUGCACGCAGGAUCGUGCGCUGGUGUGUGUCCAAUGAAUCCUCGUUGUUUAUAAAUGAAGGAGCCACAUUUUAA